AUGAGUGUUUUGUUAGGGAAUGGAAAUGGAACACUUCGAUCACAAAUAUCCUAUUCAACUGGGCAAAAUCCGAUGGGUAUAGCUGUAGCUGAUUUAAAUAAUGAUACACACAUCGAUAUUGUUGUUGCUAAUAAUGGUAGUAAUUACUUAAGUGUUUUUCGUGGGUAUGGUAAUGGUAGUUUUACAACAGCUACAAGUUUACCAACAGAUUCGUCAGUAACAGCAGUGGCUAUUGCUGAUUUAAAUGGUGAUGGUCGACUAGAUAUAGCUGCAACUGCUCAAAACAAUAAAAUUUUGGAUAUACUUUUCAACAUAUGCUGA